AUGGCCGGCGACCCCUGGCGGAGGGAGGAAGGGAAAGUCCCGGAUGACAGGAGGCCAGUGGCGGAGGCCAGGGGUCCCCUGCGCCUCCGGGACUGGCUGGUGGCGCAGAUCGAGAGCGGGCGCUACGCGGGGUUGCGCUGGGAGGACGAGAGCAGGACUCUGUUCCGCAUCCCCUGGAAGCACGCAGCCAAGCAGGGCUACCACGCGCAGCAGGACGCGGCGCUCUUCAGGGCCUGGGCCAUAUACAAGGGCAAGCACCUAGAGGGCACUGACAAGGAGGACCCCUCCACUUGGAAGACUCGGCUUCGCUGUGCUCUCAACAAGAGUGCCGACUUCAGUGAGGUGCGUGAGCGCAGCCAGCUGGACAUCUCCAACCCCUACAAGGUCUACCGGAUUGUGUCCGACCGUGCCCAUGGCCCAGUCACCAGGCCUUGUUCUUCCUCUGAAGAGAAGGGCAUUCUCCAGAGCCAGCAGGAGCCCCCUAGAGAAGUGACGGAGCCAGCCCGCAGGACGGCCCAGGCUGGCUCCACAUUAGCCACAGAGGAUAAAGACAAGGAGCAGCCUCUCAGGCUGGCCCAGCAGGGCUCGCUGCCACUGGCUGCCCUGCUCCCGGGCCCUUUGGCUGACCACAGGUACCAGGCACAGGACCCCAUACAACCCUGGAGCCCUUUGCCUUCUGAGGACUUCAGCAACCCAGACUGCUGGCUGCACGUGCGACUGUUCUAUGGCACGGAGCUGGUGCGCGAAGCCACCGCGCGCGCGGCGGAGGGUUGCCGACUGAGCCCCCGGGCAGCCAUUGCCUCCGCCGCGGAGCGCCUGCUGGGGCUGCCACCGCGCGUCGCGCAGGUUCCUUUCCCGGAGCCGCCACCCGGUGCCCGCGUGCUGCAGCGCCUGCUGCCGCACCUGGAGCGCGGCGUGCUGCUGUGGGUGGCGCCCGAGGGCGUAUUCGCCAAGCGCCUGUGCCAGGGCCGCGUGUACUGGCGCGGCCCGCUUGCCCCGCACCGCGAGCAGCCCAACAAACUGGAGCGCGAGCGCACCUGCCAGCUGCUCGACACGCGCCGCUUCCUCUCAGCCCCCACAGCCUCAAUGCCCGUAGAAUUGCAGGCCCAUCUGCAGGAUGGUCGCCCGGAGCCGGAGUACCAGAUUCGUCUGUGCUUUGGCGAGGAGUACCCAGGCCCCGCGGACCAGCCCCAGGAGCGGCUCGUCAUGGCCCACGUGGAGCCAGUCUUUGCGCGAGAGCUCCUGCUACACUCGAAGCACCACAACCACAGUGCUCUGGCGACUGGCCCCUAGUCCGCAAAUCUCUGAUGGCAUCGCUCGCUUGAUGACACAGCUAAGCCAGCCCUAAGAAGCCAUUUCCGCCUCCUGUACCCUCUAAAGGCAGCCCAGAAAGAAGGGUGUGGGCCCACCCCAGGAUGUGGGUCCACCCCAGCCCUGCACAAACUGAGCCAGUGGACUUGGGUUCUCUGCCCACCCACCGCCCAUGUGGGUUGGGAUGGGGGAAGCUGAUCGUGGCCUUCAGCCUCUGAGCUGAGGAGAUGUAGCCCUGGAACACAUAGGUUGAUGGGUCCACAGCUGGGCCUGGGGUGUCAGAUGGAAACUGAACUCGACCUUAAGAUUCCUGAAACAGAAAUUAGGGCAGAAGAAACAAGACUUCACCUGUUUAUUGAGAGCCCAGCAUUCCUAUAGAGGUUUAUCUAAAACAGACCUUACCUGUGAUUUAUCCAUUAUAAGCUUUUCUUAAAGCCGAGUUUACUAAUAAUUAGAUCCUCAGGGUUGUUUAGAGUGGGACCUCAAGGGGCUCUGAGUUUCCAGACCUUUCCUCCUACCUGCCACUAGGGACAGCAAGUGCCCCAUCUCUCUUCUUUCUGGGUGUGUGUGGGCAGAGGAGAUCCCCAAACAGAGGACUUCGCCUGAAUCUGGGACUUUGGAUGCUGACCACUGAGCCACCAGCACCAUGAGAUACUUUCUUUGGAGAAACUGAGGCAGACCCCCAAACAGAGCCCUAAGGCAGAAGCCAAAAUGGGGAGCAGGAGUCCAGCCCCUCCCCAAGCCCCUUCAAACUUUGCAAACUGGAAGUUGUAGGAAAUUCUUGAGAAUUGCAGGGAGCCCCUCAGCCAGGAAGGCAGCCAACCCUGCUUUGUCAGUAAGUCGCUGUUUUCUGCCCCAGACAUCAGACCAUUUUCCCUUUUCUGAUUUCUGACUUUUUAGGACUCCUUUUACAAAUGGCAACAUAAUAAAUCUCUUUUACUGAUACAUUAAUAU